GCAAACGAAACAUUCAUGUAAACAUGCAACGAGGAAUAAGGAUGAAGGGAAAGAAAACUCGCAGUGUUAUCGCAAAUAAAGUUCCCAACUUGACUUCGUCGUUUGAAAGAAAACGAUGAUUUGUUUCCACGAAAUAUUGGAAUGAAGUGAAUGAAAAAGUUGCAGAAAUAUGGGCGUGUUCGACAGUCACGAGGCAAAAAACUGGCUGAAACAGUGGCUGGCCGUGUUCACCACGUGGACUGCUAUACUGCCUUUUGUAAAGAUUGAGGCACAACAAUUACAUACAUACCUCCUCAGCCUAGCAGCAAAACAGAGACCUUGCUCACUAGACCAUGGAAAAGUAACAAACAAGUCACAAAUCGGUUGUCGAUUUCAUGAAACUUUUCGAGAUGAAAUUUUAUUACUACACAAGCAGCAGCCGUCUUGGAGGAACGCCCCGACGGACACUUGGCACAAUGACGAGUUUGCAAUCGCCAAAUUGUUUAUGCAGCCGUCGGGAUAUGACGACAAAACUAUUUUUGAACAAGUCGACUUUAAUGGAAUUGCAGCCUUCAUAUCUAACUGCGGACGUUUCUCAGCCACAACAGAGUCAUUAUCAGAUCAGGCACGGGAUUCUACAAACAAAAUUCGACACAUGCCCGACAUUUGUUCCAGCGCCCUGAAAGACCAGGCAACCACAGAUUAUAUAGACACAUUAGCUAAGCUACUGAAUGAUCCAAAAUUCAACGGAGGGAAAGACGUCCAGGAAGCAUUGAAGCAACUUGCUGAGUUGAAAACUACCUUCCCUGAACUGCUUGGAGAACAUUGGAAAUUUAUUAUUGAAGAUAUUGCAACCAAAUGUCUCCAAGAUAUCCAUGACUUAUGCAAGGAUGAAAAAGAAAUAUGGAGAAAAGAAGCAGACCAGAAAAGGGCUGACUUUCAGUUUCUCGGCGACAACAUUCUGUCUAAAUUAACAGCAAAGGGUGAAACCGUCUUGGGUGAUAUCAAGAAAUUAAUGGAAAUUUCUCAGAAAACAAUAGUCAAUUCCAUUGGAGAUGGGAUAAAACAAAUCGAAGCACGGACUGAGAUAGGUGAACGAACGAUCUACGAAAGGACUGAAACAGGAUAUCAGAAGCUCGAUAACAAGACUAAAAUAGGGGAACGGAAGAUUGAUGAAAAGACUGAAAAAGGAAAACAAAUGAUCCUGGAAAAAACUGAAAAAGCACAACGAGUGAUCAAGAGAACGACACAGACAGGAAAAAGAAAAAUUGAGGACACGAUUGAAAUGGGGGAACGUAAAAUUAAGCGUAAGAUAAAGGAACUCGAUGGGAAAAGUGGCAGGAUUACCGAAGCAGAUUUGAGAAAGGAGCUGUUAAAACUUUACAAAAAAACUGCAAGCACAGUGCGUAUUCGGCUUGACAUCGAUGAGGCACUGGGAAAGGUAUAUGAAGCGCCAAAACUUACUUUAAAGAAAAACGGCAAAGACGAAGAAGACGAUCUAUGUGAAUUGGAAAACAUAUUUCGAAGCAGUGAGGACACACUGGCGAAAACAAUAGUUGUUGAAGGCGAGCCAGGCUCUGGGAAGUCUUCACUAUGUAAGAAGAUCGUUCAUGAUUGGUGUGAAACAAAACAUGAAGGACGAACAGAAACUGAAAGACACGACUUAUUAAGUCAGUUUGCAUUUGUAUUUUACAUUACUCUCCGCGAGGCAAAGAAUAAAUGCUUCAUAAAGGAAAUGAUAAUGAAUAACAUCAUGGAAAGGAUCGGAUUUGAAAAAUCAAGGGCAGAAGAUAUUUUAGUUGAUAUUUUGAAAACUAACAACUGUCUGCUACUGCUUGAUGGUCUGGACGAAUGGCAGCAUCCGGACGGAUGCAAUUUGGAUGAAAGAAUUCCGCAUGUUCAUACCAGUUGGGAAAACUGUAGCCUACUCAUAACCACAAGGCCGUACAAACUGGCUGAGCUGAAAAUUAGCCUCUCUCAAAUUGACAAUCACGUGAUGUUGAAAGGAGUUGCGAACCGUCAAAAACUCGUUGAGAAAAUAGUAUCUCGAUUGAAUGAAUUACCCCGCUUACGAACACCACUGGAAUACAAAAUAUGCAUCACGGACAUACAAGAAAAAAAUCUUUGGCAUUUCAGUGAAUGUCCAAUCCUGUUAACUCACCUCGUUUGGCUUUGGUACAAGAGAAAGCUUUCGGUAGAUAUGAGAUAUCCUGAUCUUUACAGAUCGUUGUUGGUGGAACGAUUGCAUGAGUCGUGUGGGAGUAAUUCAUACAAAACAAACGAUGUAAUCAACGCCCUGAGCCAAAUAGCCUUUGAAAAGUUGUUUGCUGAAGAUGAAAAGAGUACAACCGUGUUUGAAAUAAAUGAGGAAGAAAAUACGACAUUCGCGAGUCAUAAAGCUUCAUCGCUUAAGUCUGGCAUCAUAUCCUGCAUCAAUGUUCCUGGAGAUUCUCCGCAAUACCACUUCUUGCACAAAACAUUUCAAGAGUACCUAGCGGCACUGUUUAUGGCAGAAAACUUUGCAAAGCGCUGUUUGCGGCGUAUCAAACGCCUUUACACAAACAAGAGAUCAGAAAGCGUAAUUAGCUUAUCAAGUUUCUUUUGCUUCCUUUGUGGUUUAAAUACAAAAGCGGCCGAAGAACUUUCGAAAAUAAUGAAUCAGUUGUUCACUGAUUUUUGCCACAGAGAAGGUUAUUCUUUUCGCAACUCGAGCAGGUUCCAAUAUAUGAUCCUUCAAGGUCAAAUAGAGCUAGACAAGAUCAAUAACUCCGGAGUUAAAUUGCGCCUGCAGCACAUUAAUAUUCAUGUCUUGGCUAUGGGACGGAUAUGUAAACUGAAGUGGAACGACGACAUCGACCUAGACGACAUCAACCUAGACCCGCUUUUUUUGAAGAAAGCAAAAGCCUUAGAACAAUUAAUUAUGACAAACAAAGCAGGCAUUGUAUCAUUGUCUAUAAAUACCGACAUGACGUUGACAUUGCCAUUAGCGAACAGUAGCGAUAACAAAAUUCUUGAUUUAGAGAAUUGCAAGGGUCUGAAGUUCUUGAAUGUAUACAAUAUGGCGUUCAAAGAUGUCACUGGUUUGGUUUUGAGUAAUUUAAUACAAUGCAGUAUAAAAUUCAAAAAGCUCCAGAAAGCUCCAAACCUCACAUCUACAUUUUUCAACGCUGAUUUUGAUUCUCUGAAAAAAAUGAAAAUGCUCAAAUUGGCAAACAUGAUGGAUUUAAACUGGCUACAUGAAGACUCAGAACGGACGGAACAUCUUGAUUUACGACGCCUUGGAAACCAAGAAAGCCUUAUUGAACUUCAAUUGAAUCCUCUGUCAUACCCCGACGUGGUGAAUCUACCAGUGCGGAGACUACACACACUACAAGUAGGAUUCAAUGAACUACAGAAAGCACCACAACUAAUGUCAACGUUAUUAGCACAUGGGACAUGCCAGAAUGAACGGAAAGGACUUUCCUCUCACCUGAAGCACGUAACAUUGACUAAUAUUCGCAUGACAGAGGAACAGUUCAGACGGCUACCUCAGUCUUUCGAGAAAGCGGGAAGUACGACAUGCGAGUUGAUACAUUGUUACAUAGAGCAAGACGAGAAUGUAUGGCAACUUGACGGUGUAAACAAGCAGCAAGUUACACCAUUUGAUUGUACAACAAACCUUUAUCUUUCUGCUACGAUCAUAACAGUAGAGAUGUUUAUUCGUCUUGUUGAUUGGUUUACCAUAUGCGGUCAAUCUGGUGAAUGCCAUUUGACAGACUUAGAUCUGAAGGCAAACCUUGCUGUUGCACAACCGUCCCUUCCUCUGUUGGUUUCAGAGCGGCGUCUCUCAGCUGAUUAUACCACGAAGUUUGAGCUAACUAAUAUUAAGAUGUCGACAGAACAAAUUUGUCAAAUCGUCGGUAGGAUGAAUCAACUCGACCAUUCAGUUAAACUAACAUUAUAUAAGUGUUCCGAAAUAUUGGACGAGUACAAUCCGCUGAUGAAUCAGAUGAUUACUCUACCAAUUGCGCCACUGGAUUGUACUAAACACAUCGAAAUCUCUGAAAUGGAAAUAUCGGAAGAACUGUUUUGCUAUGCCUUAACCAGUGUGAUUCAUUUUGGUUAUACGUGUAAAAUGUUAGACUUUGAUAUACUUCCAAAUAAAGUGCAGCCUGCGGACAACCUUGAAUUUUCCCGUACAGUUGAUACCAACACACAUGAUCAUACAGCGAAGCUCGAAUUCUUAUACGGAACAAUGCCGGAACACGUGUUUUUGCGUCUUGCUAGUGAAGCAGCAGAGUCCGGACAUUUGGUUGAGUGUGAGUUUCACUGGUGUGUAGUACCAUCUCUUCACGAUGACAGGCCGUUGAGAGAAAAAUUGGAAGAACAGUCUGCCCUCCAGGUCGAGACGUUCAUCAAGGUGGAUCCAGACUUGUGCUUUUUCAACGAAGAUGCGGAACAAUUUUGGAACAUUCGCUUUAAAACUAACGCAAAACAGUCUUAACGUGAGUGAAUCGUCUGCAGGGAACGCUUGAAUUCAUAGCAACAUAUGCUCUUAUAGAAAGGACAUUUGGAUGACGGUAGCGUGACGGUUGCGUGUUGUAUCAAUAGAACAAUACACAGACCAUUCGUGUAUAUAAAGAAGAGACUACAUGUAUUUUGGAGUUGCUUUGUUCUAUGUUUUAGCAUUAUCAUUUUGUAAAUACUUUCUUCUUUUGAUAUUGUUUUUAAUCACAUGUAUGCCUUCUUUAAAGAACAUUAAACAGACAAUGACAUAGUUCCUUGUUAAUAGGGUAAAAGUGUUGAAUACAAUGACAUAGUUCCUUGUUAAUAGGGUAAAAGUGUUGAAUACAAUGACAUAGUUCCUUGUUAAUAGGGUAAAAGUGUUGAAUACAAUGACAUAGUUCCUUGUUAAUAGGGUAAAAGUGUUGAAUACAAUGACAUAACAUCUUGAUGAUAGAACGAACGUGUAGUAUGCAAUGAAUUUCUUGUUGAUUGGAUAAACAUGUGUAAUAGGAUGACACAGUUCUUGCUGAAAGACUGAAGAAAAACGAUGUGUUUCUUUAUUUAAUCACUAACACAUAUACUGUUUAACAUUUGUUGGAACGGCCAGACAUUUGAGGUUGAGUGUUUUGUAAACGAAUAACUUCCCUCGGAUGUUACAAAGACAUCACUUGUCACAGUCGCUAUAUGGAUACGUUUUAUCUAUGUUAUUGAUUUAUGAAAUAUUUGUUUUGUUUAUUUGGUGGAUACCAAUAUGCUGGUAAAUGUCUUUUAUUUAGAAUGUAGCUUAAAUGUCUUUUAUUUAGAAUGAAGCUUUAGUUAUUCAAUUGAUUUUUACGUGUUUAAAGUGUAUUGAUCGAGCUUUAACGUGCUCCAAAAAUCAAUUCAUUAACAUUUCAUUUCAUUUAUUUAUGUGUUGUAUUUAGGGUAACUGCGUUUGUACCAUUGGCAAUUCGUAUAAUGUGUAUAUUUUUGGCAGUAUGUACAAUGUAAUUUCCAUUGGCAGUAUGUACAAUGUAAUUUCCAUUGGCAGUAUGUACAAUGUAAUUUCCAUUGGCAGUAUGUACAAUGUAAUUUCCAUUGGCAGUAUGUACAAUGUAAUUUCCAUUGGCAGUAUGUACAAUGUAAUUUCCAUUGGCAGUUUGUACAAUGUAAUUUCCAUUGGUAGUUUGUACAAUGUAAUUUCCAUUGGCAGUAUGUACAAUGUAUGUAACAUUUGCAGUUUGAUGUGUUUAUCAAAAGCAAAGAGUAGAUGUUUGUAUAAUGUUUUAUCAUUGGCAGUACAAUGGAUUUACUGUUGGCAGAUUUUACAAUGUGCUUAUCAUUGGCAAUUUAAUUUAAUGUACUUAACGUCAACAAUUUUGAGUUUAUCUGUAUAAACUAUUAGUUGAUUGUGUUCUCUAUGAUAAAAGCACGUACGUAAGAAAAAAAUAGAAAAAAAGAGUUAACACUGUAAUAAUCGAGUUAACGCCCAAAAUGAAAGUCAUUAUUUUUUCUAUAUCUAGUUUAUUGUUGAUACAUACUCAUUAUUGUAACGACUUCCAGUAAGAUAGAUGAGUUUGGCUUUAAUUUGUAUGGCGAGUAGACAUCUGUUCACUUCACAUAUAGUAAGAAACAUUCGUUCGGCUUUAAUUUGUAAUUUUGUUAUCUGAUAAAAUUAAGAUCAUUGUGCUACUUAAUGCCUGCAAAUACUUUAUCGAUACAAAAUCUUAAGCCAAAUUUUGGCAUAGUAGCGUUUGUAAUGUGUGCAUUUUACCCAACACAAUGCGUUGAUUCCGCGUUGUCUUGUGACCCAACAGUGCAAUAGUGGUCAAUCAACUGCUUGGGCUGUUUAUAAGUUUAAAUACAUAGUUCUAGACGGACUUCACGUUUUCGCGAAUAUGUUAUCUAACUAUAUAUUUAUUGACCGAUGAAAAUAUGAAAACAAUGUUCUUACUUGUUCUGUGAACCAUUUAAACCGUUUGUGUAAAUUCAAUCUUGCUGAUUCUUCUUAAGUUCUCAUGGGUGUGAAAUAAAGUAGAUUCACGUGUCAUUCAUUUUUUUAAUUAAUAUCAUUGCAAAUACUUGGAUCUUUCUUUUGGUCAUACUUUCCGCCACAUUUUCUUUCAGUCAUUAUAUUUUGGAUCAAUGCACACAGUAUCGUGGGUUAAAAAAGAUAUAAUAAAAGUAUGUAUUGAUUUCAUCAAAUUCACUCACACACAUUUAUAUUUGAAGAUUUAUUUAAGACAGGGUGUUGGGUCAAGAAUUUUGCUUUCGGGCCCUAUUUUUGUGGCGUAAAUUUGGACGUGCACUCUUUCCCCCCAAAAAAUCCGAAACGUGUUUUUCGUCCACAAUGGCAAUGUUUACUAUUUUUAGUCUUAAAUGGUGCGUUCACUCCUCAUUUGCACUGAUAUAUUGACAUACAAAUCUAUGACAAUGAUUUGCCUGGUACUAUCCCAUCAAUAAAUAGGCCAUUGUAUGAUAUAGAAUAUCAUCCAUGUAUAUCUUUUUUACGCUAGUAAUCUUCAUGCGCAGAUUUCCUCAUUUUUGGGCAGUCUGCUUUAGACACAGUUGAUUGGGAAUAUAAAUUAAAACUACACACCGCAACUACAUGUUUCUGUUUUUAAUUUCUAACAUAUAGUAUUCUUAAUUCUCAGAUGACACCAUGUUAACUAAGCACUUAAAGUCAUGUGGUAAGUUAGAAAUAGAAAAUAAUAUGUUUCUGCAUUUCAAGAUUGACAAAAAUAUCUUUUUUUACAAUCAAAUCAAUUUGGAAUGUUAUUUUUGUUAUAAAUUGCGUUUGUUCAAGGUGACCAAAACCUUUUCAGUUUAAAUCAACCAAAUGAUGUUACGAGUAACGAAGGGAUUCUGGGCCUGCGACGUAUUGUGCUAUUUUGUAUUAAGAUUUCCAGGCGUUUUCAUUAAUUUUGCAAUCGAUAUCAGGAGCCCACCCUCUCUUUCUCACAUACCUUUCUGUAUAAAGCAUUGCCUUUCUUCUUAAACAAUACACUAUACAUUAGAUAUAACUCUUAUUAUAUUUGCUGAUCAAACACUUUUGCUUGGUAUGCCAUAUGUCGUUUUGUCGAAACGUUGGCUGAUAUUGGCAUCACCUUGCAUAAUUGAUUUUGAAAUGUUUGUUUGAAAUGAAAUGUUAAAUUUUGCAAUGAAACCCUCGUUGCAAUAGUUGAUUUCAUCCAAUAAAUUAUAAUA